GCCCUCAUACUUCAACCCUCCAGGGCCCCGCCAUCAACAAUGCUGUCCACCGCCAACGACGACGACGAGGAGGACACAGCCCUCCUAGGUCAUUUCUCAGAAUCCGCCACCGUCACCGUCAAAGGCCGCCCAUGCCGCCUCUCUGUCUCGGGCAACAUCCUCACUCCGAGCAGCAACAAUGGAGGCGGUGGGGGAGGGGACUUGACUGUGCGGCUGGACUGUGUGGAGAGUGGGGAGGCUUGGGGGGCGGGGUUCUCGCCUGCAGCGCUCGAGGACAUAACAAAGAAAACAGGCAACUUCAAGCGCUACUCAGUCUUCUUAGAAAUGCUGGUCUCCUCUCUGAAGAAGCCCAGCCAAAUAGUCCAACUCGAUUUCCUCACCACAUCCGACCUGGAAGCGCUGAAAAAGACACAGCGCGGCGGGGCCGAUCCGCUGCCAGGUGAACCCUCAGCGUGGAAACCGAGCGACGCGCCAGACGAUAAGGCGUGGAAGAAAGUGUAUCUGAUCUUGACGUAUGCUGUUGCUUUUGAUCGGGUGCACUAUCCGCUACCCCUCCCAUUGAUAUCCACGCCAAAAACCAAGCGAAAACCACCAGACGCGCGAAUUGUGGCGCUGGAGAGAGAGAAUGCUGAGUUGACGGCGGAGAGGGCUAGGCAGAUGAAGGAGAUUUCUAGCCUCCUCCGCGAGAACGAUAAACUCAAAUACAAACUCAAACACGUCCCGCGAGACCGUCCAUCAGCCAGCACAACCGCCCGCCACGACUGGACACAAGAACUGCACGCCCUCCGCGUCGGCACGCAGCGGUACCUCAAAGACCUCGAACGCGAGUUGCUCCAUUUUCGGAAAAAGCAUCCGGGGUUGCAGAAUUCGCCCCAGGUGUUGAGGAUAGGAGACUACCUGGCUCGCCUGCAAUCGCUUAUUUGGCUGUUUUUGGUAUUUGCCCUUCUCUCUCGGGCUUCUCUCUCUCGUCCCUCCCACACACUAACCUCGUUGUGGAUCAAAGGACGACACCCAACCACUACCACCCUCCACCACCCACACAUCAAAACGCAAAGCUGAUAUUCCCGCCACGCGUAUCGCCGAUAAAAGUGGUCCCCGAUCGAGGGACAGAAGUACGGCGAGUGAGCGAUAUAAAAUGGUGCAGAGGGCGACGAGACGGGACUCGCUUUCGU